AUGUUGGCUGGGUGUUCUAGUUCGACAUUGUUGUCACCGAGCCACAGAUUGAGGAGCGAAGCACCAGCACAGUUUCAAGCCUGCCAUUUCCAGCGACCCUCCAUGAGCACGCAGAGAUUGGAUUUGCCAUGUUCCACUUUCACUCGCAAAGACAGCUCUUCACGUUCGCAGCCCCUCAGGCCAGUGGGGCUUUCAGUGGAGAAACCAAUAGAAGCCAAGAGCAGCACAUGUUCUCUCAAGCACAACAUUCGUCUACCACCUUUGGCCAUCACAGCAGCAGCACCACCACCAUUGGUGGAAGAGUCCAUCAAGGACAAGAGUUUGAAAAGGCUCGCGGAGCACGAUGACUACUUCACCAACGUAGCCAAGAGGAAAAAGGGUAGCACUGAGAGCGACAGUUCUGGUGAUAACUUUUGGUUUCAGCCUGGUGUUGAGGGUCACACUUUAGGAGGGCUUAACACUUCACUUGCUUUCUCCUCAGAGGAAGAGAGGGUUUGUUUUGUUCCUUCCGGACUGGUGUCUCAUUCGGCACCUUUUCCCUUAAACCCUUGGCUGGAAUCAUGUGUAACAAAGAUCACCAACUUCGGUGAGGGUAGCCACCGUCCUCACCAGCAUCACAGCGACCAUCCAACAGAAGGUUCAAUCUCCAACGCUUCUUCAGAGAGCCAAAGCCAGCGGCUAAACGAGAACGCGUCAGAACAUGAAGUGGGCAACGGUUCAGGGAAUCCUUACCAUCACCACGAGGUGGAGACAGGGGAAGAAGACGAUCAUCACGGGUUAGAACUCGUUAGCUUGCUCACUGGCUGCGUCGAUGCCAUUGGAUCAAGAAACGUCGCUGCUAUAAACCAGUUCAUCGCAAAACUGGGUGAUCUUGCAUCUCCAAAAGGAACCCCCAUAAGCCGCAUAUGUGCUUAUUUCACAGAAGCCUUGGCCAUCAGAGUCACAAGGCUUUGGCCUCAUGUUUUUCACAUCACCGCCAAUUCCCGAGACAUGGUGGAUGAUGAUGAAACCGGAACUACAUUGAGGCUUCUCAACCAGGUGACCCCAAUCCCCAAGUUCAUCCAUUUCACAUCGAACGAGAUGCUGUUGAGGGCGUUUGAAGGAAAAGACAGGGUUCACAUAAUAGACUUUGACAUCAAGCAAGGUCUUCAAUGGCCAAGCUUGUUCCAGAGCCUAGCAUCGAGAGCAAAUCCUCCGAGUCACGUGAGAAUAACGGGGAUAGGAGAGUCAAAGCAAGAGCUAAACGAAACCGGAGACAGACUCGCGGGUUUCGCCGAAGCACUUAACCUCCCCUUCGAGUUCCACCCCGUCGUGGACAGACUGGAAGACGUGAGGCUGUGGAUGCUCCACGUGAAGGAGCACGAAACGGUGGCUGUGAACUGCGUUUUGCAGCUGCACAAGACGCUUUACGACGGAAGCGGAGGAGCUUUGAGGGACUUCUUGGGGCUUAUCCGCAGCACCAAUCCCAGCGUGGUUGUGGUGGCUGAACAAGAAGCAGAACACAACGAGGCAAGGUUAGAAGCAAGGGUGUGCAACUCGUUGAAGUAUUACUCAGCAUUGUUUGAUUGUAUCGAUGAGAGUGGGGUUGCACAAGAGAGUGCAGUGAGGCUGAAGAUAGAGGAGAUGUACGGUAGGGAGAUAAGGAACAUAGUGGCAUGUGAGGGGAGGGAGAGGUUGGAGAGGCACGAGGGUUUUGGAAAGUGGAGGAGGAUGCUGGUGGAGCAAGGAGGGUUGAGAUGUUUGGGAGUUUCUGAAAGGGAAAUGAGUCAGAGUCAGUUGCUGUUGAAGAUGUACUGUUGUGAGAGUUACAAUGUGAAGAAGCAGGAGAAGGAAGGAGCAACAGCGGUUACUCUCAGUUGGCUUGACCAACCAUUGUAUACUGUCUCAGCUUGGGUGCCUGUUGAUGUUGCUGGUACCUCCUCCUCUUUUUCUCACCCAACUUGA